CGAUUUUGGUCCAGUGGGAUGCAGAACGCUCGUAUUCCGCUAAUCACAUUUUCCACCUUCCUCCAGUAAAAAAUACGCUUAACAUUCCAACAGCACUUCUAACGGUCGGCGAUGGAAAGUUACGAAAUCGUCGUGCAUGGUGUCAGCAGGUGAACGUUCGUCUUUUUUUUACUGGGAGUGGUCGCAACCAUCUCGACACUGUACGAAUUUGUAAACAGUCGCCCUUAAAAUGCGAGUACUGAUAAUCGGUAUACUUUUCAACAGUAUCAGCAUCACACACGGUGCCGCGCGCUAUAAAACUUACGAGGCGAACCCAGACACCAAGAGACUGUACGAUGACUUACUGUCUAAUUACAACAGGCUCAUACGCCCCGUCAUCAAUAAUACCGAAACCCUAACGGUUUGGCUCGGCUUGAAACUCUCGCAAUUGAUCGAAAUGAAUUUGAAGAACCAGGUGAUGACCACGAACGUCUGGGUAGAACAGAAAUGGUUCGACUACAAGCUACGUUGGGAUCCAGAGGAAUACGGUGGCGUGGAAAUGCUUUACGUGCCUUCCGAAAAUAUUUGGCUGCCAGAUAUCGUGAUGUACAAUAACGCUGACGGCAAUUACGAAGUAACUCUCAUGACAAAAGCCACGUUGAAGUACACAGGCGAGGUAUCUUGGAAACCGCCAGCCAUCUACAAAUCGUCCUGCGAGAUUAACGUGGAAUAUUUUCCAUUCGACGAGCAAUCCUGCAUCAUGAAGUUCGGCUCGUGGACAUACAACGGCGCUCAGGUGGAUUUGAAGCACAUGAAGCAAGAGCCUGGCAGCAACGUGGUCGCGAUUGGCAUCGACUUGACCGAUUUCUACUUGUCGGUAGAAUGGGAUAUCCUCGAAGUGCCAGCAUCCAGAAACGAGGAGUAUUACCCGUGUUGCACGGAACCCUAUUCUGACAUCACAUUCAACAUCACGAUGCGGAGGAAAACGCUGUUCUACACGGUGAAUCUCAUCAUCCCUUGCGUGGGUAUCACGUUCCUCACGGUGCUUGUUUUUUAUUUGCCAAGCGACUCGGGCGAGAAAGUAUCGCUGUGUUCUUCCAUCCUCCUCUCACUAACUGUGUUCUUCUUAUUGUUGGCCGAGAUUAUACCACCGACAUCGUUGGCCAUACCACUUUUAGGAAAAUACUUGUUGUUUACCAUGAUCUUGGUCACUUUAUCGAUAUGGAUCACCGUAUGCGUUUUGAACGUCCAUUUUCGAUCUCCAUCCACGCACAACAUGUCGCCUUGGGUCAGACAGUUAUUCUUAAAUUGGAUGCCUCGAAUGCUAAUGAUGCGUCGAACCCCGUAUUCGACUCCAGAAUACGACGAUACGUAUAUGGAUAGCGGAUACACUAAUGAAAUAGAUUUUAGCAACAUACAUUGUAGCUUUCAUGACAGCGUUAGCGAUUACCCGCUGGAAUUGAAAGGUAGUCCGGAUGGAUUUGAAAGCGUCACUUCCCAGUAUAAGAAUAUUAGGGAAGAUGACGCUCGACAUUAUCCGCACGCAUCAGUCACUGACAGUGAAAAUACGAUGCCGAGACACUUAUCUCCAGAUGUCAUAUCAGCUCUGAAAGGUGUGCGUUUCAUUGCUCAACAUAUUAAAAAUGCAGACAAAGAUAAUGAAGUUAUAGAAGAUUGGAAAUUUGUAGCCAUGGUUUUGGACAGACUUUUUCUUUGGAUUUUUACGUUCGCGUGUAUUGGUGGGACACUUGGUAUAAUAUUCCAAGCUCCAAGUUUGUACGACACAAGAGAACCUGUGGACCAACAACUCUCUGGAAUAUCACCUGGUAUUUACAUGCAUCCAAAUCUAGUUGGAACUGUGCCAACAGAAUAAACUCUGAAAUGCACGAAACGCGUGAUUUACAUAUGUAAAACAGCGACACAAAUGUGUUUAUAUUGUUAAUAUCCUAUUUGCAACGACUUAACCAAUUUUAUUUCUUAAAAUAGUAUC